AUGGAUUCAAACCCUUUUGACAACCGCCUGGACGACCCGGCUCCUGCAUAUGAGGAAUCACUCCCCUCUGUAGUUUACAACAAGGACACAGUCAAAGACAUCCCCAGCUCAUCGCAGUCUCGACUACCUCUGUCAACUCAACUCGCUGACACCCGGACCCAACGAGUCGACGCCAUUCUCACAAAAUACGUCGAACCCCUCUUACUCUCGCAAGGUGCCUCAGGACUCUACAAAACAACGUUUGUCCUUGUGCCUUCAUCCGUCUCCAGCCUGCAAGAUGCAGUCAGCAACGCCUACACGACGCCCGAAGAACCUCAAAUCGUCGGCUUCCCGUCCAACGAAGUCGUCAAGCUGAUCCGGCUCCAGGGCGAAGAGAACGCCAUGGAAUUCUGGCGGCAGCCAGCCGUUGUUGCGGAGCUGGACUCUGCUCUGAAAGCAAAACUUGCUGCAAGUGGCCAUCGACUGUAUCAACCCUCAUCCAGCGGCGAAAUGACCAGUGAAGUUGUCGAUGCAGCGAGUUCUCCAGCACCCGCCCCGGAACCCGCCGCGAAGACGAUAGCAACAACAAAAAAGUCGUUUUGGGGGCGUACGAAAGACUUGUAUGCCUCCAAGGGGCAAGAUUUGAGAGAUGUCGUCAUUGUCGACCGGAAACUUGGUUGGCGGGCGUCUGGAGAGCAUGAUGCAAACGCACCCGGGAAGAUACCUACGGGCCUGGUUGACGUAUCUAUUGUGUGGAAGGAGGUGUGCUUACGAAUUGCAAACGAGAUGGGCCUGUAUGAAAGUAAAAAAGGGCCUGCGCUUUGUAUGACAGUUGAAGUCGGAUCCUAG